AUGGCAGCUGUCGCCGACCGCCCGUGCGACCUGUUCGCCUCCAGCCCCCCCUUGGUCCCGGCCCCCCCGCCGAGGGCGAUGCUCCACGACCCGUACGAGGGCAUUUCUCUCACGGUCGACGCGCAAGAGUGGCACCGGCUCGACGUGGAUCGGGCGCUGAUGUGGACGAGGGUCCGCGUCCUCUCCAACCAAGCCUCCUUCGCGCUGCGUGUCCGCGUCCGCCCGCCCGACGGGGAGCGGCUCCCCGAUAAGCUCGCCCUCAAGGCCACACUUGUCGUCGACCGCCAGGGGGGCAAGGACACCGGCGCGGGCAAGGACGCCGCCUCCGCCGCCGCGUUCACAAAACCGCACCUCCUCGUCUCCGAGGCGGGGGAGGCGCCGCUGCUGCUGGACGCCCCGCCGGGCCGCCACUCCCGCGCCGCCCUCCUCCCUGCUGCCCCGGUGAUGGUCGUGCCGGACCGGUCGGGCGGCGGCGGCGGCACCGCUCACUUUUCGCUGCGGCUCGGCGACUACGCGCUCUCCGACCGGUGCGGGAUCGGGCGCUCGCUGCUCAAGCUCCUCAUCACGCCCGAGAUCGCCACCUCCGCCGACAUGGAGGCCAUCUGCGCUGGAGGCGGCCCUCGGUCGUGCACGACGUUCACCGCGCCCUUUCGAGCCAUCACGCGCCUCCGCCUGCAGCCCUCGAUCAUGCACAUGUACCCGCCCCCCGGCUCCAAGCCGUCGGGCAAGGCGGUGCGGAUGCCCCCCCCCUGCCCCUCCCGGAGGGGGUAUCGCCCAUACCUCCGGGCGGGGGCGCAAUGA